AUGAUUUACAAGACAAACUACGAACUCUAUACUACUCGCGACAGCAUCGAUAGUCGACGCUCGCCUCCCCCAGACGAGCUCCUGUCCCCGCUUGCAGCGCUCUACCCGCAUGUUACAGCGCUGCAGCCGCAGUACAACCCGGAUAGCUGCACCUUCACCGGCUACCAUCACACGGGCUACUGGGCCUCCGCGUAUACAACACAACCGCUCGAACAGCCGCCUUUUACGCCGCGACGAGGUAGUGAAAUCCCUUGUCGCUUCGUCUCCAAACUGUCAAAACUGCGUCGCUUCCUCAGUGGUGAAGAUUUGAGGAAUCGCCGUCGGUCGGAGGCGACUACUUAA